AUGAUUAACGAGAAAAAUCCCAUCCUCAUUAACAUAGAUCAAUUUCCUGAUGUUGCCUUGCAUUCAAUAGACUACAAAGAUAAAGAUAUACAGUUCUCUAGUAGUCAGAGUGCAAAAAUAGAAGAUGAAAUUAUAAUAACUGAAAAUAUGAACCUUGCUUUUGAUUUUCGUAAUGAAAUAACGUGUAAAAAGAUUAAAAUUGUUGGUUGCCAAGUAGAAAUUCAAGGUCUUAACCUUCGCGGAUCAAUUGUUGUCGAAAAUGGAAUUUUACGCUUAACUUUAUCAGCAAUUCAUGACAUUUCAGAUGAUUCAGAUUACCUUUUAAGCAUUCAAAACAUCGCUGGUGUUCAUGCUUCUAAAUGUUUCUUUACAGAUUCCCCUAAAUUUGGAUUAAGUGUUGAUAAUUGUUCGGCAAUGGUACUUGAAGGCUGUCAAAUCAAGAACACAAAAUACGCAGGAAUAUGUGCAACAUCAAAUUCAAUACUCUCAUGCGAGUCUUGCCUUAUAUCUGACACAGGAAGAGAUACUAUUUUUUCAGAAGGCAAUUGUCGUAUAACUAUACGUUCCACUAAGAUAAGCGAAGGUGGGAAUAGGGCUUUAGCAGGAUAUAAUGUUAAAAAUUUGGUGAUAGAAAAUUCAGUUAUCAAAAAUAUUCAACAAGGAGCUUUAUACGUUAGUAGUUGUCCUCAAGUACUUAUAGAGAGUUCACAAUUCUCUGAUAUAGAGCAUACAGCCCUUUAUUUCGAAAGAUCCAAAGUUGUUCUCAAGAAAUCUGCGUUUUUAAACUGCAACGGUAACGGAAUUAAUGCUUCCCAAUCAACAACAGCAAUAAUUUCCUCAUCAUCCUUCAAAUCCAUGACUUUUCCGCCAAUAUCAAUUUGUCAAUCUUCAGUUGGGAUGAUUAAAAAGUGUAAUAUCAGUGACAGCCAGAUGAGCGGCAUCAUUGUGAGAACGAACAGCGUAGCAACAAUCAAGAAUUGCAAUAUUGAAAACAUAGAACACUUUGGAGUGGCUGUUUCCGAUAGUGAAUCAGUAAAAAUCGAUACUUCAUUGUUUGUUGGUUGCAAGUAUUCAUGUUUAGGCUGUUACAAUCAUAGUUUCGUCGCUUUAGAAAAUUCAUAUCUUAUUGGACCGGGAAAAUAUGGAGCAGACAUCUUCACAGGUGGUCAAUUAGUUUCUAAUGACACAACAUUCAUUGGAUUAUCGGAAUCAUCCAUCUAUUGCCACCACGGAGGCUCAGCUCAUUUCAAAUCACCUUUAUUCGACCAAACGGUUAUUAAUAAAGCCGAGGAUGUUAAUACGAUUAUUAAUAGGAUCGAUAUUACUAAGCGCGGUGGCGAAUUGAACCGAGAUAAAAUAUUCAAAGUCGAUACAAAGAGAGAAUUCCAAAUUGGCAGCGGCUUCGUGGUCGGCGUUGGCCCAAUCAACGUGAUGGUCAACGAAAACGCUCCAAAUGCUCAAGUUGAGAAGUGCAUUUGCACUCCGAAGUGUCUUCUCUGCGGAAAGAAUGAUUCCGUGUUCUUCAUCAACUGUGGACAUUCAGUAUUCUGCCAGGACUGCAUACAGAAGCUGAAUGUCACUGUUUGCCCACUUUGUCUGAUGCAGGUCGAUAAAAGUGUCAAGCCCAUUCAAUUGUCUCCUGAGGGGGAGAAUCCUGAAACUUGCGGUAUCUGCUUUACAAAUCGAACCGAUAUCGUGAUUAUGCCGUGUGGUCACACAAUUUGCAGUGAAUGCGCACAGCAUCACUUCGCAAAUAGUAACUACUGUCCAUUCUGUAGAGAAGGAUACGCAAGGCCAAGAAGAAUCGUAGCUUAUGAGUAA